AUGUUCUACCGCGGAGAUUUGCAGAGCGGGAUCAACGAGGCGGUUCGAGAGGUCAAGCAGGUGACAACGGACGACUCAGCAACGUGUGGGAGAGCGAUUAUCUCCGAGACGAGAGGAAAUGGCAUCGUUCGCGAGUACAUUGCUGCGAGGACAGAGGAGUACAUGUUUAAGCGCCGAUUGAUAGCAGCUCUGGAGGAUAACAAGCCGCCCAGGAGGAUGCGAGAGGCCAUGGCACAGGCGCAGGCACAAUCGCAGGCGCAGAGCCCAGCAGUGUCUCCUACCACUGUUCCUGCUGCCCCUGUGGCUACCGGAGCCCCUGUUUCUGCUCCUCGCCCCGUCUCAACUCCUCCAGCUCCAUCUCCAGCUCCAACUCCAGCGCCAGCCACCCCAGUCAACCGUGCCACACCUGCAGCAGCUCCGACAGCCUCAUGCGGCGUUGUAGAUCCGCCAGCAGUUAACCAUGGUAACGAGCAACAAAGACGGGAUGAUAUCCGAGAAGGCAAACAGCCUGCUGAGCCGGACAAGGAAAAGAAGGAUCAACUAGACUGGAAGGGCAAACAGAGAAGGAGACAUCAGCAGGAACGAGAGGAGAGGGAGCGGGUGCUUGAGCGAAUAAGACGGGACAAUGAGGAGCGCAAGGCAAAGGCGGAGAGGCAGAGGGCUGCUGCUGCGGUACAGCAUGGGUCCUCAAGCACAUCACCUCCAUCUGCGCAAAAGUAUCGUCUGCAGGUCCGUCUGUUCGACGGAAGCUCUAUAAGAAACACAUUCGCUCCCAACCACACCAUAGGAGCCGAUGUCCGGUCGUGGCUCGAUAAGGAACGCACUGAUGGAGAUGCACCGUAUACCCUGAAGCAUAUAUUGACACCAAUGCAGAAUAAGACGAUUUCACUGUCGGAAGAAGACCAUACUCUGCAGGAACUAGGCGUUGGCCCCACGGCAACGCUGGUCAUGGUGCCUAUAAGAUCGUAUACGGAGGCAUAUUCAGAUACAGGUGCCUCGCUGCCUUACCGUGUUAUCUCGGGCGGGUACAACCUUGUUGCCGGGACAGUUAAUUCUGUAGCCGGGAUCGUAGGGUCAGCUCUAGGGAUUGGUCAGAAUCCAGCUGCCGUCGGGCGGAAUGCGUCCACAACGGCGGCUGCAGCCACAGAAGAACCAGCUCCCGCCAGGAGACCAGAUGCCCGGCCAUCUGCACGCAACAGGAUCAGAACAUUACACGACGCUAACUCGGGGAAGGAUGACCAGCAAUUCUAUAACGGGAAUCAAUUGAAUUUUGAACCACGGAAAAGGGAUGAUGAUAAUUAA